CUCCCGAGGCUCAGUCAUCCCUCACACGCCACAGGGGACACAUCGCUCUGUUCAUGACGCUCCUCACCUGACGCUCAUCACCAGACAAAGACCUGAGUGAGAAACUUUGUGCUCGCGAGAGGUUCAUCACCGUCAAUAUUAAGCGACAUGGCGCAUCUGAAGGUGCUAAACCCAGCAGCAUCCAACCUCAGUGAUCUCCUGGAGCCGCUGCCCACGGAAGAAGAGCUUCUGAACGAGAGUAUAGAAGACCCGACGGAGAAGAGAGCAAGACUGGUGCUUAAAGGACGAGUGGAGGAACAGAUUAGACAUACUACUCAGAACAACAUCGUCUUCCCUCCAAACUUACUAGACCAAGUAGCAGAUCACGUCCUCUAUCUCUCCAAAGAUGAAGCCUGCGGCCUAAGAGGUUGUGUAAUUGUGGUGUUUUACGAGGAACCUGAGGAACCUGAGCAGCUUCUAGCCAAGGUGAAGGCAGACAGGAGUAUGCCCUCUACACACCUCCUUGUUCUCAGACUAAAACCUGACCCUGCCUCCUGGUACACCAAAAUGGCCAGAAUCUUUAGGUCACUUGGCGGUAAAAGGAGAAUGAUCAUUUCUCCCAGUUAUGAGCUCACAAAGAGAACAUUUUAUGAGUAAAUGCUGGGAGAUCCUUGAGUUGUGUGGUUUAUACUUGCGGAGGCAGUUGGUGGCUCUUCCGGAAUUGCUUUGCACAUCCUGAGUUGCGUGGGCCAAGUAACCAUCACCUAAUACAUGGAGGAUCUCUGGUGAAUUAAGGGGUAGCUGUUAUAUUUAAGACAUGGAGCUGCAUCAUCCUGGAUUAUGGAUUAUCAGCAUUCACUUCAGCAGGAGCACCUCAUAUAUUGGACCAUUUUUUUAAAUAGUCAUAAUUAUCAUCUUUUGUAGUGGAUGUCUUUCUAGACAAAUCACAGGCGUUACACAAGUAUCCCGUAAGACAAUAAACAUCACUGCCAAGUCAAGUAACAUUUAUCAUAGUUGUAAUACACUCACAAAUCAUUUUCUCAUUAGCUCAUAAGGGACACUGGCGAUCAUCUUAUUUAAAUACUGAACAAAUAUCUGGGAGUUUCACCUCAUUGGCACUUUUUUUACAUCACUAUAUUGUCAUAUCAUCUUCAUUAUAUUUGUUAAUAUAUAUAUGUAAAAGGAAAAUUCCUUGGAUCUCUGCACCAAAAUAGCUAUUAAGAAAGGCCUCUGUAUUCUGGAUUCCCUGAGUUGGGCCGAGGAUGAUCCGAACAACUCAAAGAUUGAGGCCCAUCUGUAUGUACUCUGAUACGAUGUGCUCAAAAAAGUUUUAGAGUUAAGGUGUAAGAAUGCUUUAAAAGUUGUUUACUCGCAUUGAAUGUAUAGGCUGGUGUGUGGUUCUGGAAACCUGGUGUGUCAAGAGCCGGCCUGUAUACCGGAGACUAGGAUUAUAUAACAAGAAUUGUUUAAUGACUUUUUUAAUUAUACUAUUUUUUUUAAACCUUCAGGCUGGCUUUUGGUGUCAGCAGAUUAAGUUACAUGUGUAUUUAGAAAUAUGGUUGACGAUGGUUUGUGAGACGUCCCAUCAGUUAUUUAUAAGCGUUCACUGUCCGAUUCUUACAAAUGUUAUACUGUUUGUAGUUAUCCGGGCUAGUAUUGUUGAAUGAAUGGGUAUCACCUGUCUCAUUGCACUACAUAAGUGGGGGAUAAUGUACACCAUGGGAAGACCUGCUGUAAGUACUCUUAUCCUGCACGGGAAAGAAUCAUCUAACAGAGGGUCAUACUGUGGCCAUCUCCCAUGCGUUGAGAAGGAAGUCUCCUAGUCAGGCAAGUUAUGCCUCUUGUGAUAAUUAAUAGUUGCUUUGUGAUAAUAUUUUUAUAUUUCGAAGAUAAACGUACAAAUGUUUGAACUAUAAA